AUGGAUUUUAACAAUAUUAAAGUAAAAAAUCCGGGUGAAAGUUACAAAUAUUGUUUUGUACCUUCGUGUCUCAACACUACUUAUUCUACUCCAGAAAAACAUUUUAUUUGCGUUCCCAGAAAUGAUGAAGUGAGAAAACAAUGGUGUAUUGCCGCUAAUUGUCCUGGUAAACGUCUCCGAACAACUUCUUAUUGUUGCGAAGAUCAUUUUGAUUUAAAGGAAGAUUUGGAAAAUUAUUUUUAUGUAAAGAUGGUACCUAAUGCUCGGAAAAUUUUAAAGAAAGGUGUUGUGCCACGAUUUUUCAAUACAACCAAUACUACAAUUACUUCAAAAAAUUUUACAGAAUUAAUAGUUAAAAUUGAAACAUUAGGUGACAAUGUUACAAUAGAAGUUGGACCGAUUAGGAAUGAAAUGCCAGAAAACGACAGUGUUGAUAAUGAUAGUGUUGUGAGUGUAAAACAUGAACCUGUUGAUGAAGAUAAUAAAGUGUACGAAAUCAAUUUUGAUAAUAUUAAACUUGAAAACGAAUUACAAACAGAAUUAAUUAAUAAAAGUGAAACAUUAGAUGACAAUAAUGUUGUGAUGGAAGGUGGACACAUUGAAGCCGGCAAUGAUGUUGAUAGUGAUAGUGUUGUGAGUGUAAAACAUGAACCUGUUGAUGAAAAUAAUAAACUUGAAAACGAAUUACAAACAGAUUUAAUUAAUAAAAGUGAAACAUUAAAUGACAAUAAUGUUGUGAUGGAAGGUGGACACAUUGAAGCCGGCAAUAAUGUUGAUAGUGAUAGUGUUGUGAGUGUAAAACAUGAACCUGUCGAUGAAGAUAAUAAACUGUACGAGAUUAAUUUUGAAAAUAUUAAACUUGAAAGAGAAUUACAAACAGAAUUAAUUAAUAAAAGUGAAACAUUAAAUGACAAUAAUGUUGUGAUGGAAGGUGAACCAAUUAAAAAUGAAGAAGGCAGCAAUGAUAGUGAUAGUGAUAAACAUUUGUACACAGAAAAAAUUAAAGUUGAAAAAGAAUUACAUACAGAACUGAUUAUUAAAAGUGAAAUAUGCGAAGAAAAUACUAUUUUAGCAUCACAACGGAUACAUCAAUCAUUUUUGUGUGAUAUUUGUAAUAAAAGAUUUAAUAAUAAAAGUAAUUUAAGUCAACAUAAACGGAUUCACAGUGGAGAAAAACCAUUUUUAUGUGAUAUUUGUAAUAAACGAUUCAAUCAGCAAUGUCAUUUAGUUCGACAUAUACGAAUUCAUACCGGAGAAAAACCAUUUGCAUGUGAUAUUUGUAAUAAGGCAUUUACUGAGAAAGGUAAUUUAGUUGAACAUAAACGGAUUCAUAAUGGAGGAAAACCAUUUUUAUGUGAUAUUUGUGAUAAAACAUUUAGUAAUCAACAUCUUUUAGUUGUACAUAAACAGAUUCAUAGUCGAAGAAAAGUAUUUUCAUGUGCAAUUUGUAAUAAAAUAUUUACCAAGAGAUGUAAUUUAGUUAGACAUAGACAAAUACAUAGUGGGAAAAAACCAUUUUCAUGUGAUAUUUGUAAUAAAACAUUUACUGAGAAAGAGAGAUUUUAUAAAUCUACCGAGCAAUGUUUAUCAAAAGGUCUUAUUCGUGCAGUCAACGACUAUAAAUGCGAUUUUAAUUAUCAAUUACAUGUUGGCCUGGAUUUUAAACCGAAGAUUCAUUUAGACAGUGAUGAAACUCAAGAGGACAAACAAGAACGUUUAAGGAAAUUGGAUGCAAAAGUUGAGAAAAUAUAUCAACGUUAUAUGGAACGAAAACGUAAGAAAAGUCUUGAAAAAUGUACUUCACAUGAAGAUAAUCAUGAUAUGACGUCCUCGAUAGCUAAUGGCAAUAUUGAUAAUGGUUUAUCGUCAUAUAAUGACGAGGAUGCUGAUAUAAAACGGGCGUUAGCUGAAAGCUUAAUUAAUUCAAAUCCAGAAUAUCUUCCAAUUGAUGAAGUUAUAAUUUACUUAGAAAAUGGAGAUACUAUGUUAGAAAUUGGUGCGAUUGCUUCAUAUUGGACAGAAAGUUGGACAUAUGGAUAUUAUGAAGAUUCUAUAUCACUUCUAAAUUUGAUCAAACUUUCUGAAGGAUUUACAUGGUUAGCAAAUUUACCAUUUUAUAAAUUUUGGUCACAGGCAUUACCAUUUUUAUCAGAUUCAUUGAAAUAA